AUUUUCUCACUUCACAAACAAUCGCCUCAUUACCACCACCAAUAUCAAAAUCUGACUCGACACCAUGCACCUUUCCACCCUUCUUAGUCUGGCCACUGCAGCUGCAGCUACGCCCCUCGCUGCCCGUCAGGCGACUAAUCUCGCCGAUCUGGCACCCUGGAAGAUCACCAGCCUCUUCUCCUACAAGCCAUCCUCGCAACCCGGGCCGGACAAGAACUCCCGCAUCUCGCUGCGCAUCACCGAUCCAAACACCAUAAAGUUAAUGCGGGCUUCGCGCUUCGGCUUCGGUGUGUUUCAGACUCUGACGAGCGACUGCACCAUCUCUUGGGUCUAUCUUGAGGAUGUGCCGCCAUUCGGCGAGGAAGUGUUGUGCGUCGCUACGGGCGAUGGGGCGAGUGCAUAUGGGAACUUCAGUGUUGUGCUGCAGCCUGGCGCGGGAGAUGAGAACGUGCUAGAUUUCAAGAUCAAGUUAGUGGAGAGGCGCGAGGUCUCGAUCCUAAAUCACUACUUCUACCGUCAGUUCGAGGGUGGAAUGAGCUUCAAGGCUGGAGAGAACUACCAAGGGAGCUGCAGCGAUGCUGGUGUUUGCGCUGGGCAGUUAGCGAGCGAGGCUGAGAUACAACAAACGGUCACGGAGAGUGUUGGUAGCUGUGAGGAGUACGGUGGAUGUGCUUAAACCACAGAGGUGUGGCGCGGUCAUGGACAAGGAUCACCGAUCAGGACCAGUAUGUAUUUAUAGACAACCUCUUUCGGAGUUCAU